AACGAAGAUUGUUUGGUUUUUGAAUUGACAGAAAUGGCGUUCGAACUUUUCUUGUGCCAGUUUUUUCAUGAAAACUGAUUUUUUCAUCUUUUUGAAGAAAACGUGAGCAUCCACAAUGGACACUCAGCUGCAUCCAUUGGUGCUCAGCAUGGAGAACAUCAGCGGUGAAGAGGUGACCCUGACUAUUGAGCCCACCGAUGACUUCCAAACAUUCCUUGAGAAGGCCAAGAACCUCUUAGGUUUCAUGGUGGAUCUGAACUCAAUAACUCGAAACCAGCCAGUCUCGUUAACAGACAACAUUUACCAGUACCUCCUGAGCUCAGAACACAAUAUAACAGAUGUAGAAUUAGCCCCCCAAAGCUUUGAACAAAUGUUGGACUCGGCUAUUGGGGCCAAUGGACCUAAUGCCAACGAUCUGGUUUACAUCCUAGACGAUGGCACUCAAAUAAACGCUUCACAAAUACAAUUUGACAAUGAAGAUGACCCAGUAGAUUUGACUGUGGAAAACAUUCCUUUUGUCAAAUAUGUUGUUGAUGAUUUCGAUUAUGCUGAUGAAAAUGUAAAUGAAGAAAAUACUAAGAAGUACAAUAUAGUUGCAAGUCCUGUGCAUACAUGGUCUAGUUCAAAUACUGAAAGCAGUUUCAUAAACAGUCUACCUUUCAAAUUGGUUUGCAACAACUCAAGUGGCUUUGAGACUCAGUUUACGAAAUAUUUAGAAAAAAGAGCGAAAACAUAUACCACACUAAAUCCUGUCGUUGUUAAAAAUAAAUCUCCAAAAACCCUGAUAAAGGAUAAUUACAACUCUUUAGAAGUUAAUAAGAAUAAUACCAAUGUUGCUGCUAAUGAGAAUAUAACGGUGUUCUCCCGUGAAGAUGUUUUGAACAUGUUCAAAGAUUCACCAGUAGCAUCAGUUCCUAUCGAAAACUUUCCCGAAAAGCGUAGACAUGUAAGAAAAACUGAUCCUUCUAAACCAGUAUUCAAACGAAACGAUAAAAUUCAACCAACACCAUACAUAGACGUCGACGGAACACUAAUCAACCAAUCUGAGAGUCAAAACUGCUUUAUUUGCACCAAAUUUGUCGAGAAUAACAUGGAGAAGAUGUAUCUGUUCGACAACGAAGAUCAAAAACUACAUCGCGAUUCUGCUUUAAGAAAACAAAUGACGCAACUGAAGAUAAUUUGCGCUCAAUGCCUCAGUUAUCACUUCAAGCCGUGCACCACCCGCAGUCCAAACCAAUCAUUGAAUCAAGAUGAAUAUUUGGUCAUUAGGAAUAAUCAGCAGUACAUUUUCCAAAAGACCAAUAACAUAAGCCUUGUAAAAACCCAUCCUCCUUCGGGAAAUUUUGUGAAUCUUGGCGAAGCGAAAGCGAUCAUAGACAAAAUAGAAUCGGAAGUACUUAAAGGUCAGGAUAAGGAGUUUGUUAAAGUCGAAAUAGGUUCUGAUGGCCAGAUUAUCAAUAAGUCUGUUGAGAAAUCUUUGAAUGAUGAUGAUAAAGUAAAUAAUGCUAAAGAGUUGUCUAGUGAUGUGGAGAUAAUAGAUACAGCUGAUGCAGAAAUUGAUGAUAACAUGAUAGAGAACUUGGAAGAGGCUGAUGAGCAUGUGAAAGAGUUUUUGGGAAAAUAUCAAACAGUCAAGAAUGACGAACUGAAGUGCAGAUUCUGCGAGAGAUUAUUCAAGGAUCUGUCCGAAGUCAUAGAGCACGGCGGCGACCACAAACAAGACACGGAGGACGGAGAGGUGUAUCCCUGUCCGUUGUGUGAUUACGGCUACGCCAACUUUAAAUGGCUAAAAGGACAUUUGAAAGCCGCCCACGAAGAGGCGAAUACAAGCGAAAAACUUACUUCAGAAGUUCCGAAGACACCUCAAAAUGUGGCCAAUGAAGAUGAUGAUUCGUGUGAAAUGAUAAUCAAGGGUUCACCAAAAUCGUCGCCGGUUGCUGGCAGAACUAGGAACUCUAGCAAGAAAAAAGAUAGUCCUAGCGAAAAACAAGACAGUAAAGAAGAACAAAAACAAUGUCCUCCUGAAGAAAGUAAUGUUGGCAAGAACAUAACUGAAAACGGGUCCCUAAUAAUAAAGACGGAAGUGAAACAAGAGACACUGGACAUCAGUGACGAGGAAGCUAUCUGGAUAGUACAGACUGCUGAAGAUGAUGAGUUGAAUGAGGAACAACUGAGGGAUUUGUUGGAGAAAGCUAAGGGCAAAGAACCGACUGAUGCUACACAAACGAUAAAGCACCACUGCUUAAACUGCAGGAAAGUAUUCUUCACCAAAGAGUUGUUAGAGUCACACUCGCAGUGCUGCGCGAAGGGGCGCGGCCGGGAAUCGAAUACGGAUCCUCAAGGCGACGCUAGUUGCGCGGCCCCUGAUGGUUGUUUGAAGAGCAAAAAGAAAGAGCCAUCAUCAGACCCCCCGAUAGUGACGUGUCACUACUGCAACGAGUCUUUCACCUCCAAAGUACGACUGAAGUUUCACAUGCAGUUCCACGAAGCCAACAACGCGAGUUUGGUCUCCGGAGAGUACUCGUGUCGCGAGUGUCGCGGCGACUGUGUGUUCGCUACCGAGAGCGAACUGUUCGACCAUGUGCACUUCCAACAUAGCAAGCAGAAACGCUGGCAAUGUCACGUCACUGGAUGCGGCAAAACAUUUUAUCUCAGAGCGAACCUAACAAAGCACGGUCGCACGCACACGGACACACGUCGCUACGUGUGUCCCACGUGCGGGAAGCGGUUUUUAGAUAAACAAACGUUGGACGAGCACUCUGUCACGCAUUUACAGAUAAAGCCGUUCCAAUGCCACGUCUGCAUGAAGCAGCUGACCCGUCGCUCUCGACUACGCAUGCAUCUGCGCGCUCACAACGAAGAACCAAGCGUUAGGAGAGUACACGCUUGCGCGCUGUGUAAACGAGCCUUUAAGGAUUGUGAGGCCGCUGCGGAGCACGCCCGAACUUCAACAGCUUGCAUAGAGAUGACUGCAGUAGUGAAGAAAGAGAAGGAAGAUAUCCAUCUGUCCCCCUCUAGCGGACUAGUCAAGUCUCCUAGUAAAGAAGAUGAAGCCGCCAACCUAUCAGAGAAAAGCAUUCGCUAUCAAGUUGAACCGACGGACGAAGAACUGAAGACACUGUCGGACGAAGCCAAACGACUUAUUAGAAUUGUCGAGAUCGAAAAGGCAUUCCGAUGCGAGUAUUGUGAAGAUGUGUUCUACCUAGAAGAAGGUCUCAACGAGCAUCGUCAAGUGCACAAGGGAGUGAAGAACCCAUUCACGUGUCACAUCUGCAAAGUCAGCUUCGCUACUUAUUCUAGAUGUACAACGCACAAGACAACCCACGGCUACUACAAGCGGCCGCUCGGCUCGCAGGACGCCGGCAUACUGGGCUACGGAGGCUUCCCUGUAGCCAAACACUUCCUGUGUGAGGACUGCGGUCGCUCGUACCUCCACUGGACAUAUCUGCAAGUUCACAGAAGAAUGAAACACGCGAAUGACAACUAUGUAUACGAAUGCACUGUGUGUAGCAUCACCUUCCCUAAUAGUUGGAGCCUGGCGUAUCAUAAAAAGAAAUGCCACGGCAAAGACGGUCAAGAGGAACCCACGAAGAAGCCUGCUAAGGAAGAUUACAGGAUACCGUGCCGAGAUUGCGACGAAGUUCUGCCGAACAAGACCGCUCUGUACAAGCACCGCAAGAACAAACACUGCCACGGCAAUGAUAUCAUCAGUGAGACUAAACCAGACAUGUCCGGUGGCUUCUAUUGUCUGUGGUGCUCGGCGCGUUAUAACAGCCGGGCUGCUCUGGAAACUCACGCCAAGAUACAUCUCAGAUCGGUGCCCCGCUCACCUGCGCGCACGCAAUGCGAUUUGUGCGGACUCAGCGCUUACAGGACAUCGUUGUCUAACCCAGCGCGCACGCCGUGUCCGCGGUGCGCGCGGCGCGUGCGCGUGCGCACAGACUUGCGGCGUCGCGACCACGCGCACACCGUCGUCGUUAUUGAGGUCCCGGGUUUGAACCCGACGCAUGCGGAGGUGAUGGCGGCCAUCAACAACAACGACAUUUGCACGGACAAAAUCAUGGAUGUCAACAAAAUAUCUUUUGCAAAGGGCACGUCAAGUGUGCGGCCGUGUUCAGAGCGCGCCCUCUCCAUACUGUCUGGUUUGCAGAGACCGGUGCCAUGGAAUAUGCCGGAACAGACAUCGACCCCUAGUCAGAGUAAUGCCAUGGAAGACAUGUGGCGCGCGCGCAGCGUUGUGGCGAGUCACGUGCGACUCCCCACUAUACUGCAGCGCGGGUACACUCUGUCUAGAUUAACUGAGGGGAAGGAGGCGGCAGAAACGAAAAUAGAACAGUUGAUGCGAAAUCCAAAUGAAAACAUGACGACGCUACAAAAAGACCCUGUCUCGAUGAACUAAUUAUUAUUUUACAAUGGAUUUUUAGCCUGUAACGGAAAAUUUGAGCGUUAUAGUAGCUAUGCGGUAUA